AUGCUCGGGACGCUGUUUUUCGACGAGUCACAUGUCAGUACGGCAUUUCGGGCACGUGCGCGUCAGCAAGCGGUGGCCUUCGAUGAGUCGAGUGCAACCAAUCACCUUCCGCCGAUCAGUAACACCAGAGUCUCGGCCCCAGACGACGGCGUAGUACGUCUACAUGACGGUGGUGGGCUCGUGCCAGCGCACAACUGCGCGUUUAACUGCCGUGGCGAAGUGGCUUUGCCCUCUCUUCGAGCCGCACUGCUCUGGUGGCUGGAUGCUGAUGUGAGUGUGGUACAACUGCUUGUCGUGAACGAUACACAUAGCAGCAAAGCCACUCGCAGCUGUCAGUCACGCCUCUUAACUGUUGAGCUGCCUGUCGCUUCCCCAAGCAGCCUCGUAAUAUGCGGUGUGACUCGGAAUUACAUGGGCGAUAAUGGCGUUGCCGUGGUUUGGGUUCAUCGCGGCGUUUCCGGGGAGGCCGAAGAGGAGGUAUUGCUCCCAGGUUUCGUGCAAGUGACAGUGCAGCGUGAGGUGGACACUACCGGUCACAGCAACCUCCUGCUCUUCCCAGACGAGCAAAUUGUUCAAUGCGCACCGCUUUCACGCAUACCGUGCUCCUUCUUCCGGAGCACACUGGCUAGAAGCGGCAGUGCUGCCUGCGUCGUUGCUGCGUUACCUGACGACGCAACGCAGCGCACCAUCUCCAUUGUUGUGCUCACAGAUGGCUGUCGUGUCUGGCGCGCCGAGCUGUUCACGGAUGGCACCACUGCUGUGACUGGGUUUCGAGACGAGUACCGGUACAACCUGCUCCGAUCUUUCUGUGACUCCAACGAGGAGGUGCAGCUGAUCGAUACACGCAGUGUUGUUGCCGACCUGCAAGGACUGGCGAGCCCGGCGGCGUCGAACGCGUCAUCUUUAGCUGAUCCUGACACAGAAGAGGCGAAUACUUUACCUCGUGGAUCCACGUGGAUUCGGCGACUCUUGGGCAGCGGCGGUCGUACAGGGGCGAACACUACCGAUGGCGGAGGCAGGCCCGCCGCUGGCGGGCUGGAUGUGGCGCUGCCUGCCACCGUGAGGAAACGCCUUUACGCUGCUGUCACGACUGUUCAGCAAAGCGGGUUGGUGGUGCUGACCCGGUGGAACGGCCAGGUGGAGGUGUAUGACACCACCAACAACGCUCUGCAGCUGACGAAGGCUUACCCAAUCGGGGUACUACCAGAGGCGAUGCUCCAACCCAUCGAUGACAGCGUUUCAGGUCAUGGUGGGAAAGUGACGGGAGGGAAGAGUAAGCUGUGCACACUACCGCCAGGGCCUAUCGCACAGUGGGCCGCAAGGAGUCCAACAACGCAACUGUUGCAUGUCGUCUCGUGCUUUGGCAGCGGGGAGGGGCGUGCGUGCUUCUGGAGCACACUCCCGCCCUUGGCGCCGUUGUCCUCGAGAAUCAUCGGACUCGAGCAAGCAAGUGAUACCGGCGAAGUUCUGGCACAGCACUGCACGCUGAGCGUGGCGCCGCCAACGCAAUCUAGCUUUCCACUCGCGUGCGCCGUGACGGCAGACGGGCGGAAAAUGAUCCUUGUGAGCGAUGUCGGCACAGAGGAGGAUGGGCACCUGCUGUGCACGCGCUCUCUCGGCGCACUGACGCUGCGUGGCGAGCAGGCUUACGAGGACGGAGUGACAACGGUGGUGCAAGUGAUGGAGGCGGCGGAUAGCCCCGGGCUGGGUGACCUACUGCGCAUGGGUCGCAUGCACGGAUAUCUCUGCCAGGGUGCACGCAUGCAGGGCGUCAUCGCGCAGGAUAAUGCGGUGCUGAUGGUGGAGCGCGGCCCGCAGACGUGCCGUCUGUACACGCUUGAAGAGGCUUUUCCGGAUGCGAUGCGGAUGGCGAACGAAGGAGUGGUGGUCGGUGUGGAUGAAGAGGAUGUCUACGCUACGGCACACGACACGGAUGGCAAUGACAUCAUAGCCGCGUACAUUGACGGCGCACCACUGCUGUUGCAUCGCGUGCACUAUGUACCGCUGUCGGAGACACCGCCGCUCCUGCCAGGCACUGCUGCGCCGUCUGCUACCCACAACAUGGAUGGGUUUGCGCUCUACUGGGAGGGUGUCAACGUUGUACAAGCGUGCCCACAUGGAUCGCGGCUCAUGUCGGAUGUGCUGCAGGAUGUCCUGCUUGCCACUGUCCCCGUCACGCAGCUUGUCUCGCUACCUCGAUUUCUAAGCGAGGCGCACCUUAGCGGGUACACAGCGGCGCUGCAUUGCAACGGGACUACAAUGAAAGCCUUUGUGCGUGCAGCCAUCCGUAUUGCGUUGUCGCCGCCUUCGACGGCAGCGGCUAGCGAGACAGCACACGCGCUUUACUACUUCAGCCGCCUCUACACAACGCACGCUACUCUUGGUGAGCUGCUGUCUCGAAUCGUUUUUCUCACCACCACAUAUCUGGGCUGGCAGAGCACCCACUCUCUUUCAUACGCAUUCUCCUCAGCUGCCGAGGACGACGCCGCAUUGAACACUGCGGGUUGGGCGUCGCACUGGCUCAUCACAGCCCUGGAGGUGCUGGUGGCGGCGUACCACGCUGUGCCUGUCGCCGGUGCUGAUCUAGCCCAGCUUGCCCUUGUGGACGACAGCUUGCGCCAGCCAUCUUACAAGGCCAUUGUGGCGGCAUUGUUGCCAACCCUGGGCAAUACGACGGCUAGCGACAGCGGCGACUGUGUGGCCACUGGUUGGGAGAUAAGUACGCUGUCCAUGGUGCAGGUGGCAAACCGUCUGCUCCACUGCGGCACGCCCUCGACGGCGCGCGCUUGCGGGGUCUGGGUGAAGCAGCUUGUGCACUGCUUCCCUCUUCUGCAGCACUACCAGGUGUUGUCCCUGCUGAGCACAGCAGCGGCUUCUACGCAGUCUGAGCGUACGCUAGUGCUUUGCGAGCAGGUGUGCCAAGCACUGGCUAGAGAGGCACCCGGCGAUGUCACGGCAGCGCUUUUGCUGGAGGGAUUGCUGCUCACGGACGUCUCCGGCCCCGGCUCUGCGUUUCUCCAGCUCUCCCUUGAUGAGGUAGCCGCGUUUCUUACAGCCGACCCAACGCUAGGGCCGAAACUCUACGCCAUCGGCGUGCUGCGUCGCACCACAAUGGUCGGCUCGCUGCACCCAUCUUUGAGCCACUCCAUCACUCACCGGUACCUGUACACUACGCUCGCAACGUGCAUCGAGGUGAUGGAGCGGAUGCAGAAGUGCGCCUUGGCUACCGCGUCCGCGCCGACGCUGGUCCCCUUUCCGCAGCUGCGCCGCGCGCUGGAGGAGUUGCAGGUGGAUGUGCUACUGGCGAGCGCUCUUGCGAAGGUGUCGGAGGGUGAUAUUGCGUGCUGCUUCCACGAUGUGCAGACAGCGCUCGACUUCAUGACACGCCACGAGUGCCUGCCAUCGUACUCAGAGCUGGUGCAGGUGAUUCUCGGCCACAUCGUCGAAGUUGCUUGCGCGUCGCAGGCGAACAUGAAUGCGCUGCUGCGCGCCACGACCCUUGGUGCAGCCCAGCUGGAGGAGGCGCUGAUUCUGCGGUGGUACAACUACAUUGCGCGUCUGCCGACCAAGAGCGCCACGGAGGCGACGGAGGCACUGCGGUACCGCGCCAUUAUGGGUUUACAUCGCUAUUUGAUGAACCGCCACGCCUACGCCGAGUGCGCAAGACUCAUGUCGAGCUUGGCCACGCUCAUCCGCUGCUCGCCACGGCGCCGCAGCGCGUCGGCUGGGAUCUCGGUAAGCGAACUGGCCGGACUGGCACUGCACGCGGCAGAAAUGAUUGCACCUUCUGCGCCUAUGGCGGAGACGGCAGCUGGUGAGCAAGCUGGGACCAGUCAAGUUGCAUUCCCUGGAGUCCCUCAUGACCCAGCGCUGAUGAUAGGCUCGCCGUUGUCGCUAGGGUACUCAUGGCAGCCGUCAACCUCGGCAUCCCUGAUUCCUUUCGACCUCAAUGCAGCUGCUCUCGAUGCGCCGGCGCGUGGGCCUCGCUGGCUGACGCGCACCAACAUUCCCUGGUUGCGCCGCCGCUUGUACCAAGCCCACUGCGAGCGCCAGUUGUGGCGUCGUGGCUGCCUGCUGGACUGCACCGACCUGUGGGUUGAGGGUGCGCCGGCGGACGCCUACCAGGCUGGCGUGGAGAAACUCGUGGCGGCGCUCAUGCAGGCGCGCCUUUGGCCACAAGCCUUUCGCUUUGCCUGCCUGUCUGCUGUGUACGACCCCUGCACGGUGCUGGUCGAGUGGGCGGUGGACCUGCUGCACGCGCCGCGAAGGCACGGCGGCGAAGAAGCCGAGGAGGAGGAGGAGGAGGAGGCCACGCACGCUGACCGGAAUGCGGCGUGGACGGAGCUCAUCGGCUACUGCGGGGAGCUCUCCACUCUGGAGAACCAAUUUUACGCGUACGUGCGCACUGUCACUGAAGCGCUGAUGUGCGACUACUUGCAAGUGCCGACAGCGCUGCUUGCGGCCCACCGAGCGGCUGAUGCCUACACGGCCAUGACAACGCUGUUCCACGUCGCGCUAAUGUUGCGCAAGCAGGUGGAGGCAGCGGAACUGGAACCGCAACGCGGCGAGGAAGACGGAGACAACGAGGAGGAUGCAGAUGAGCUGUUGUUGUCUUCCUCACAGCGAGAGGCUGGGACCACUGCUGCCGGUCACCUCGCCGGGAAGCGAGGCACAAUUUCGCUAGAGUCCAUGCGGUGCAAUGUGUGGCGUGCCUGGUGUGCAGCAGCUCGAAUUGGCAUUGACAUGGCCUCUGAGCGUCAGCUGCGCCGCACUACUGUUCCUCUGUUCCAGCGUUUUGUUGGCGCAGGGAUCGGCGCCGGCGAAGUCAUGGCGGAGGAGGAGGAGGCGGCGCAGAUGCAGCCUGAGGCCUCCGGGGAGCGAAUAGUGCUGGAUGCUUCGUCGAUCGCGCGCAGGACGUUUUCUGCUUUCACAGCUGGAGCGCUUGAUCCGAUGGCGGUGUGCGCGAGCGAGCUGCUGAGAAUGCCAGCCUAUUGCGUCUCUCUCAACCUUGUAGCGCAAGGCGAGACGACGGUGCGUCAAUUCCAAGACAUGAUGGGGCGACCUUGUAGUUGA